GCUCGUUGUUAACUGGCAACUGAGAGGACUAGUCUAUAGGCCUAUGACGACUGUGAAAUGUCGUAUAGCCGGUGUAGAGCAAGUGUAGAGUAGACCGCCAGGAGAUGUCGUAGAGGCAGUAGAGCGCAGGUUCUCCAAGUCUCCUAUACAAGCUGUAUACGACAUAUACUUAUAUUUACUUACAUCGAGAAAAGGAUAUUUUACUUAUCAGAGCUCUAUACUCACGAGAGCACAGACAUAGGACUGGCAAGUCAGCAAGUCUUCAAGGGUGCAGAUGGGAAAGUUGGGAACACCGAAGAAACCCUUGAUUAUUCAGACGUGAGAGAAGAAAAGAAUUAAGAUAUCCCGGCGAGAUGAUGGCGUACACAUUCGUGGGGCACCUCAGCCCAGAGGAGAGCUGGAUCAAAGUGUACAGAUUCGACCCCUGCAACAGCAUAGGGAAACCGGUCAUCGCCCUCAAGUCCUGCAUCUUCAUCGAUGGCAAGUGUGCCAGCAGAGUGAUCAACAUGGAGAACUUCAUGUUCGGCUUGUUCGAAGUGGUCGAGCAGUGUGAGACGAGCAAGAAGUACAACUACGCCACGAUCAUCAGACGCGUCGAGACGUGCAUGGACGCGGGCAUCCCUGAGGUGUUGCCCACGGAAUUCCAGUUUGUGAACCGCAUGUUUUACGGAAUCCUGCUCGAUUACAACAGGAACACGGAGAUGUACCUGCUUGGUCUGGGGUCACUCCUGUGCCAGUUGCCACUUGCAAAUUUUAAGAGUUUUCCGUACGUGACCCCAGAAUUACUGUCCACCACCAUAGUUUGCGUUGUCUUACAGACUGGGACAGUCUAUGACAACACUGCCAACAAGAUUUUCAUCAAUAGCAUAGAGGUGAAGUGUUUCAAAGCACUGACAUUUUGGGAAGACAAAUAUGCAAACUUCACGGGCCAAGAGCAGGUGAAGAACCUUGAAACGAAACUUGUUCCAACUUGUUCCUCAGUGCAGGGUCAACAGUGGCUACAGCCCCUAGUGCCAAUGUAUUUUGAGAAUCCAUCAUACCAGAGACCAUACCCAUCAAUGCCCCUCCCACAACUUGUCACGCCCUGGUUCAUCCCCCAGAGUUGGAGACACCGCCAGUCUUUGUUGCCGGCAUACCCCCCAAGCCUCGUCUACCCUCAAAGUUUGCCCCAUAUAAGCUUCCCAAGCCCCAUGUCAUAUUCAUACCCACUCGCACCAAGAUAUGAUAUGUCAGCGAAAACUCCCUCAAAUCUUUCGCCUCAUCCAUAUUCUCAAAGCCAGCGUUUCAUUCAUCCUGUGGUGCCGAAACGCAAAGCUCGAUCCAGUCCAAAGGUUCCGCUCUCAUCUCAUCUCAAAAACCAAAGCUCAUUGAGCCAACCCACUGAAAACCAGCCAGUCGAGUGCAUUCAUGGACAGCCCCAGCGAUUUGGGCAUACAUCAACAAGCAAUGACGCUUCAACUGAUCCAUUUCCUCCAAGUCACGAGUAUUUCAAAUCUUUAGUACCCACUUAUGAGGAGCAACUCGUCCGAAGCUCAACUUCCUCAUUGUCUUUACCGAGUGACAAUUCAUCUUACCCAUUUUCCAACAACCGACAGACCGUCUGCUCACCAUCAUCAAGGUCUGAGAACAUAUUCAUGAGAAAUGACGAGUCUUCAUCCCCAAGUGGAGAUACUUUUGAAAAUAACUUUACCCCAAAGGAUCAGUUUCCACAAAGCGAACUGUGCGCUCACAUCCCGGCACUCACUUACGAGGGGCCACCCACCAAAGGAUCACCACCGACAAAGACAGAAGAUGAUGGGUGUAGUUCUGUAAAUUGCGUCUCUGCCCAACCAAUCUCCGCAGACGACGUUUUGUUGCAUUCUACUCCAGAAAGUGGGCAGUGUGGUCACACAUCUCUCCUAUUUCCAAAUCAAGCUGAGAGCCAGCUAGAUACUGAACCUUUGCUGUCGAAGCUGGAAUGUAUUCUUUUAAGGGAUACGCCCUCCCCAAACAUCUUUUCGCCGUGUUCACGCCCGCAAGACUGCGUGGACAUCCAGCCGUUGUCUUCCCAAACUACAUCUCCUGUAAACGUCAGUAUCUCACCACGCCCAUCGCCCAGUUCAUUCGUUGUUCAGUCCUGCCUAGAAGAAACUCCCUCAAGCCCUGCCAGCCCCAUUUUAGCAAGUUCCUUCACACAACAGCAAGUUGCUCAGUGCUUGAUGCGAGGUCACAAAUUUCCGGGUUUCCACGACGUCCAUUCCUCAUUUUCUUCUCCACGUCCAGUUCCAUCAACUCUGGUCUGUCAAAACGAGCAAUGCACUAUGUGUUUGCCAGUUCCCUCAAGCGCUUCGGCAGACCAAAGCCCCGAAAGGGCCGUCGCACCCCUUGAUGCUGUCUUGCUGCGCUCGCAUCCUCAGGCUGAGCGGGAGAGCCAAACAGCACCAGAAGGUCAAGGUCAAUCUUCCCAAAUCUCAUCUCCAUCAGUGACCCUUACUUCUCUGCAAAGUAAGGAUGCUUGCAUAAACUGUUUGGAAUGUUUUGCUUUAAGCAACGAUGCAGCUACUGCACGGACUGCUUAUAAAUCAACUGACUCGUCACCGGAAACCGCCUGCACUUCGCGAGACUGCGCAGGAAUAUCGGGACCUGAAACGAACGACUCUUGCGGCUGCGAUGAACUAGCCCACCUCUCUCUCAAGGAGUUGGAGGAUUUGGCACCGGCUCUGACAGGUCACCAGAGGAUUUAUGAAAGCUACGGAAUGUUCGAGAAGCCAGUAAUCACCAUAGGCUAACUUAGGCCUACACAACUCACACUGUUGACUUGUGUAAAUUUUUCUUAACUAUAUCUUAAGGGUUUAAAACAAUCUCGGGAAAAAGUGCUGUGUUAAUAGAAUUAAGGUUUGCAACAGAUAUUUCCUAAAUGAAUUAUUUUUUCUUUUUACAAAAAGCGACAAGCAGAUUACUUUAGAUUUUAAUUACUGUUGAUGAUUACACAUGUAGUUGUAUUUUAUGUUUAGAAUU